ACAUGUGUACAACACGCGUGUACAACACAUGUGUUGUACACGCGUGUCGUCCGUGUUGUCGUCCGCAGACAUCAACGAGUGUCGCUCUCCCAGGGCCGUGUGUCCGCCCGACAGGAAGUGCGUCAACACCUUCGGCAGCUUCCUGUGCAAGUGCCAGGACGGCUUCGACCUUCGCUACAGCGGGGGCAGGUUCCAGUGCACGGACGUGGAUGAGUGCGAGGGAGCGGGGCCGGAGUGCAGCCCCCAGGCCGAGUGCCUCAACACCCACGGCUCCUUCCGCUGCCACUGCAAGCCUGGCUACCGGGGGAACGGCCUCAACUGCACGGUGAAGCCGUUUGCGGAGGGAGAAGAGACGAAGGAGUUACAGGUUCCACUCAACGCUACAGGAGGGACUGUCCGGCCGGCCGCGGCGGUGGCAGCGCCGGGCGCCGACGCGAUGGGAGAGGUCGCGAUGGGAGAGGUCGCGAUGGGAGAGGUCGCGAUGGGAGAGGUCGCGAUGGGAGAGGUCGCGAUGGGAGAGGUCGCGAUGGGAGAGGUCGCGAUGGGAGAGGUCGCGAUGGGAGAGGUCGCGGAGGCGGCCGUGGGCAGCGCCGCCGCCGGGGAGAACGAUCUCCCGCUCACGGGCGGUGGCGGAGGAGGAGGUGGAGGAGGAGGAGGAGGAGGAGGCGGAGGAGGAGGAGGAGGAUCAGAGAGCAGAUUUGAGCCGCGGAUGGAGACGCAGGAGAGGGUGGCCGUGAGCAGCCCGGCCCCCGCCACGCGCCAGACCCUGGACGUGCAGCAGGUGGACGUGCAGCAGGUGGACGUGCAGCAGGUGGACGUGCAGCAGGUGGACGUGCAGCAGGUGGACGUGCAGGAGGUGGUGGAGGGUGAAGCAGUGGAGGAGGCGGAGGAGGAGGAGGAGGCGUUCCCACGAGGAGACGUCUUCGACCUGGACGGGGAGGAGGAGGAGGAAGAUGCGGAGUGGGACUGGGAAACCCUCCCGGAGCUGAGCGACCACAACAACAACCACAACAACAACAACAACCACAACAACCACAACAACCACCACCACAACAACAACAACCACAACAACCACCACAACAACAACAACAACCACAACCACCACCACAACCACCACCACAAGCGUCGUCAUCGUCAGGAGCCACGGGGAGGCGAAUGAAUCUCCCCCUGCGCCCAGUCAGCCCUCCCGUGGCAAGUCACGCCGGCGGGCGACCUUUGACCCUCCGCCUCGCUCUCUCCUGUCGCGACGAGGAGACCGCAGACGCGUCAAGAUUCACGGUGGGCUUUCGCCACCGGAUGUCGCCCGCGAUCAAAUUAUUUUUUUGCGCGAUUGGGUUUCCCCCCCCCCCCCCCCCCCCGCGUCGAUGACGUCGUCCUCCCGCUCGCUCCAUUUGAGGCCGGAAGGCGGGGUUUGGUGGACGGCCUCGCCAUUCCGGCAGAUCGAGCGAUGUCGCCGGACGCGAUUGCCAGCGAAACGUCCCUUGCUGAUUGGGGCCGUGUCGGGUGGUGGAGGGUUUUCGGCACACGGAGACAGAGAUGCACAGAGAGAGAGAGACACAGAGACACAGAUGGAGAGAGAGAGACACG